AUGGCAACGAAUUUCGAAAGAGUUGGUGGACACAAUGCAGUGGUGGCUCUAAUUGACGGAUUAUACUCAAAGAUUCUUGCAAACCCAAUCACAGCAGCUGCAUUCGCUGGGAAAGAUGUGAACCAUGUCAAGGCCAUGCAAGUUGAGUAUUGGUCUGAAUGGUUAGGAAGUGGGACACCUUACACUGGAAGGUCAAUGGCAGACGGCCAUAGAGGACUUAACCUCUCCAAAGAGCAAUUCGAUUUGGUUGCUGGGUUCCUUUUGGCCACUUUAAGAGAGCUUAAUCUCGAUGAAGCAUAUGUCAAUGCAGUCAUGGCACAUGCAGGCGGCUUAGAGAGUGAAAUAAUUAACCUCUAA